CGCACAAGAUAUAUCUGCUAUCCUGGUCUAGCUGACGUAUAAUACCUGUAGCAGCCCAUUGGUCGUCCAUCACGCGACAAUUGCAGCGAUUGGCCGCCGAUGACGUGAUACGCGGUCGAAGCUGCCGUGAGAACCCCUCAUACGCACCUACAUUCGUUUUUCAUUCUCCAUCUUGAAAUACGCAUUGUAACCCCUUAACGUUUUUUUCGCAUAUUGUAAAGAGUUUAGCUAAAUAUACGCAAGAAGUCAAACCAGCAGUUUUUUCUUCACUCCUCAAGUAAAAGGCCAAACCAAAAUACGCAAAGCCAGCCAAAUACGCAUACAUAAAGUGUGGUCCUUCGAGCCGGAUAUUUGGAGAAGCUAAUUAUUUGAGAGACGCUAUUUGGUGGAGAAUACAGUGCAUCAUCGUGCUUUCGAUUGAACCUGCCUACUGUCUGCUGACUUGCAAUUUCGAAACACCAGCUAAAGGUUUCUUAUUUACGCUUCAUUGGCAAAUUGUAAGUACUUACAGCUUUUUACUACAGUGCAAUCAUGACUAGUGAACUAAAAGUUGAGGAUAUUUUAAAAGAUUUAAAGAAAAAACGAGGUUUCAUUAAGUGUAGGUUAACGAACUUUAAAAAAUAUGUUUCCUCCUUUGAAAACGUCGAGUUAUCUGUUCAUCAGCGAGCAGAAUUAAAAUUACGUAUUCCGGGAGCUCAAAAUUUAUUGAAUGAUUUCAAUCAAGUGCAAAAUAAGCUUGAAGAUCUUGCCCCAGCUUCAGAAUUCGAAAAAUUGAUCGAAUCACGCGCAGAAUUCGAAAAAGAAUACUAUGUUGUUCUUGGUAUGUUAGAUUGCAUGGUAAAUCCCGAAACCUCCGGUGAAAGGUCGGUCAAUAGGUCUUUUGAGUGCUCCUUGGUACCUGAAUGUAAUGCGCAUAGUGGUGAGUCUGUUAAAUUACCUACUAUAUCUAUUCCUAGCUUUGACGGUUCAAAUGAACACUGGAUAGAAUUUCGCGACACAUUUAUGUCCCUCAUUCAUAACUCUAAAACAAUACCUGAAAUUCAAAAAUUUCACUAUUUAAAAGCUAGUUUAAAAGGUGAUGCUAAAGAGGUUAUUGAAAAUGUCGAGUUUUCGUCUAGCAACUAUCAUGUAGCAUGGGAACUUUUGUUACACAGAUUUAAUAAUACUAGGUUGAUUAUACAAAGUCACAUAAAGGCUAUUUUUUCUAUUCCACCUAUUACAAAGGAGUCUCCUGCUCAAUUAAAUAAAUUAAUUGACACUAUUUUAAAAAAUAUUCGUUCUCUAAAGAUUUUAGGCGAGCCGACGGAGAGCUGGGACGAUUUGAUUAUUUUUAUUGUCGUGUCGAAGCUGGAUCCCGCCUCAGAACGUGAGUGGGAACAGUAUAAAAAUACAUAUUAUAAAUUAAAUACAGAGGCUAAAAUACAUUUAAGUGACUUACUAGAUUUUCUUAAAGAGAAGGCUGACUUAUUAACUACACUUACUGUUAGCCACUCGAGUAAAAUUAGUCAUUCUAACUUUAAUAAAAAAUCUAAUUAUAAUCAUAAGGCAUCUAAAGUUCAUUGUAAUUUUACGGCCGAAAAUAGUAACGCAAAUAGUAAGUCGCAAAACAAAAAAGUACGCUCGCAGUUUGUUAAGUUGUGUUUUUUCUGUAACGGUCAACAUCCUUUGUACUCAUGUCAAAAGUUUCUGGAUCUUAGUGCACAAGAUAAAUUUAAUUUUAUCAAAGAUAAAAAAUUGUGCAUUAAUUGUAUGCGUUUCGGCCAUUCAGUGGAAACUUGUGUCUUUGGGGCAUGUAGAAAAUGCGAUCUAAAACAUAACAGUUUGAUUUGUGAUGCUGUUCAGUCGAAAAAUAAUACUGUAACUUUAACUACGAGUACUUAUGGACACGGUAUAAGUAAACUUCUUCCUCCCGUUUCAGUUAGCGAUCCCAGUGUAAACAGCUGUUGUCAAUUGCAGCCACACAAUAAUAUUAUGCACGCACACAACGAUUUAUAUGAUAAAGGAGAUGCGAUAUUUCACUCUGAUCAACUCGUCAUGUUGUCAACGGCUAUGGUCGAGGUAUGCGGACAAUCGGUUGGCCGUCCACUGACUGCACCUGUAACGGCCGAGGUACACGACGUGCCUGCUCAUUGCCUCACACGAUACCAGCGUCUUGAGCAAAUCCGACAGCAUUUUUGGAAGCGAUGGUCCCAGGAGUACGUGUCCGAGCUUCAGACGAGAAGUAAAUGGCAGCAGAACAAGGGAGCCCUCAAGGAGGACAUGCUGGUCCUCAUCAAGGACGACCACUUGCCGCCGAUGAAGUGGAAUGCCCUGACCCAGACCAGAACUCAACUCGACAACAAAAACCCAAUCCAAUCGGUGUUAUCCGACCCGUGCCGAAGGAUGCGUGGCUGGGGGAAGUCAGCCGUGAACGGAGGACCCUCGAUACCAGGCGACCUCGAGGUGUAA